GCAAUCCUCUCGUCAGAAGUAGUGAAGGCCAUGUUUGUUGCGGAGGAAAGACCAAAUGAAUUUCAGAGGAAGAAUGUGUUGAUAAAGCGAGGGAGUAAGAGACAAGCCUGUCUAGAUGAUACCAAAAAAUUAGAUAAAUUCAAGGAUAUUCCAGACAUUAGAGACGCUGUGACUGACAAUUUCUUAUGUACGGGGGGAAUGGAACCUCAGGUGGAUCCACAAACCUGCAAAGGUGACCAUGGAGGUCCUCUUAUUGUGCAAUACAAGCAACGCUACAUUCAGGUGGGUGUUAUUAGCUGGGGGACGAUCAACAGCUGUAAGGGACCCAAAAGAAAUCCAGGUCCGGUGCCGGCGCUGUCUCUGGACUUCCAUACUGACCUGUUCCACAUGUUGGAUUGGCUAAAGGAAAAGGCGUAUGAGUUGAAAUUCUUGGAAUAAAGCUUCCAGGCGAUGGCGCUGUGCUUCAGAGAGCUUUCAGAAAUGUUAUGAGCAAUCAUCUGCACAAAUACAAUAAAUGUACUACUGAAAUUAUAUGAAAUUACCUCUGACCCUAUUGACCCUCUGACUUC